GACAGCUGGCUGCCCCCUUAACGGUGGAAAUUCGCCGGUGCUUUUAUCCGGUUGACUGACCUGAUGAUCGUCCUUCAAUCCAAGACCUUCGGCGUCCUGCGCCCCGUCCGUUCCGCCGCCAUGCAAGCCACGGCCCUGUUCUCCUCACCUCUCUACUCCUUUUGCUUCCACGCCCGCGGAUUCCGGCUCUAUCGGCCCUUCGGGACUGUCCCGCCGCCUCCACUCAGAUCUUGGCGCCGCCGCUUCUCUGUCUCCUCUUCGAGCUCCGGCGAUAGGGUCGUUGCCCGUCCUCCCUCCGAGCUGCGAAAAAAGCCCAUCGGUGGCAGCAGCGGCGUUGGAGAUGAGAAGCUUCGGGCUCUCCGGGAGUUGUUCACGAGACCAGAUGUUGGUAUAGAUGCUUACAUCAUCCCCUCUCAGGAUGCUCAUCAGAGCGAGUUUAUCGCUGAAUGUUUUGAACGACGGGCCUUCAUAACUGGCUUUACUGGUAGUGCUGGUACUGCCGUGGUAACAAAAGAGAAGGCUGCUCUUUGGACUGAUGGACGCUAUUUUCUUCAGGCUGAGCAGCAACUGAAUCACAGUUGGGUCCUUAUGAGAAGUGGCAAUCAUGGUGUUCCCACCACUAGCGAAUGGCUUAAUGAUGUCUUGGCUCCUGGAUGCAAGAUUGGCAUUGACCCUUUUCUUUUUUCGUCUACUGCAGCAAAAGAAUUGAAAGAGGAAAUAGCCAAGAAGGAUCAUCAGGUAGUUUUUCUCUAUGAUAUCAACCUCGUUGAUGAGAUCUGGGGAGAAUCAAGGCCAAAGCCUCCAAGUAACCCAACUAGAGUUCAUGAUGUUGAAUAUGCUGGGGUUGAUGCCUUGUCAAAGCUUUCGUUCUUAAGAUCUGAACUAAUGGAAUCUGGCUGUACAGCUAUCACUAUAUCUAUGCUUGACGAAGUUGCUUGGCUUUUGAACAUGAGGGGAAGUGAUGUUCCACAUUCACCUGUAUUCUACGCCUACUUAUUAGUGGAGCUUAGCAGCGCCAAAUUGUUUAUUGAUAAUUCUAAAAUCACCAAGGAGGUGAAGGACCACUUGAGUAAAUCUGGAGUAGAUCUCAGACCAUAUGGAGCUAUUCUUCCUGAAAUAGAGAGGUUGGCUGGAAAUGGUUCUAAGCUCUGGUUAGAUCCAUCAAGUAUAAAUGCUGCAAUUGUUAGCAUCUUUGAAGCAGCAUGUGAUAAACAUAAUAAAAUGACUAGAAAAGGAGAAAAAACAAGAGAUGGUUCAUCAACAAACAGCCAGGAUGUUUAUAAUAAUGAGUCAUGUGGAGUGUACAAGGUUUCACCAGUUACCAUAGCUAAAGCAAUAAAAAAUAGAGCAGAGAUAGAGGGGAUGCAGAAUGUACAUUUAAGAGAUGCUGCAGCUUUAGCUGAAUUUUGGGCUUGGAUGGAAGAAGAAAUCUCCAAGAAGAUGCCACUUACAGAAGUAGAAAUUGCUGAUAAACUGCUUGAUUUUCGAAAAAAACAGUCUGGCUUUCUAGAUACAAGCUUUGAUACUAUUAGUGGAUACGGUGCAAAUGGUGCAAUCAUACACUAUAAACCAACUUCAGAAAAUUGUAGCGUUGUUGAUGAUAAGAACCUAUUCCUGUUAGAUAGUGGUGGUCAAUAUGUUGAUGGUACCACUGACAUAACAAGAACAGUGCAUUUUGGCGAACCUUCAGCCCGACAAAAGGAAUGCUUUACUAGAGUCCUCCAGGGUCAUAUAGCUGUUGAUCAGGCAAUUUUCCCCGAGGGUACACCUGGUUUUGUUCUUGAUGUAUUUGCACGUUCAUCUCUUUGGAAAAUUGGACUUGAUUAUAGACAUGGGACAGGUCAUGGAGUGGGAGCUGCAUUAAAUGUCCAUGAAGGGCCUCAAAGUAUAAGCUUCAGAUAUGGAAAUACAACGGCUUUGCAAAAGGGCAUGAUUGUUAGCAAUGAACCUGGAUACUAUGAGGACAAUUCAUUUGGUAUCCGGAUUGAGAAUCUCCUUAUAGUGAAAGAAGUUGACUUGCCAAACUACUUUGGUGGCUUCGAGUAUUAUGGUUUCGAGAAACUUACCUUUGUCCCAAUACAGGCUAAGUUACUUGAUUUGUCUUUGUUAUCUCAUGGGGAGAUUAAUUGGCUAAACGAUUAUCAUGAACAAGUCUGGCAAAAGGUUUCUCCUUUGUUGAAUGGCCGCUCUCAGGAAUGGCUUUGGAAUAACACGAGGCCUUUGCUACAAAACUGAACGUGCUCGUGUUCUUCUCAUGCCCCCAGAUGCUUCAUGAAACACCAUUGAUUCCUCCCGUCGACAAGGAAGCUUACUCGAAAUUACAGGAACAGAGGAGGUCCAGUAUCACUAUGUGAAAUAUGAAACUUGUUGGGCGUUGUAAAAUUUUAUUGAUUAUUCGGCCAUGCCCAUUUAAACCCAGUUACAAUCAAUUGUAAAAUGCAGCUUUAUUUAUCUGAAAAUUUUCUCAAUUUUAAAUUUAAUGAUAUUCA